UUGUCUGCUGUUCAGUGUCAUCAUGUCUUACUUAGACGAACACGGAGGGCAUCACGAGGAAGAAGAUGAGGAGCAGGGAGAGGGAGAAGAACGGCCCAAAUACAAGCCACUUAUGACGCAGCUCGGUGCACCAAAAAUCCCAGAAGGAGAGAGGGUUGACUUUGAUGAUAUCCAUAGGAAAAGGAUGGAAAAAGAUCUUCUGGAACUACAAACACUGAUUGAGGUCCACUUUGAGCAGAGGAAGAAAGAAGAAGAGGAAUUGAUUGGACUCAAAGCAAGAAUUGAGAGCCGGAGGGCAGAAAGAGCUGAGCAGCAGCGUGUGAGGGCUGAAAAAGAGCGGGAUAGACAGACACGGAUAGCGGAGGAGCGGCAGAGGAAAGAGGAUGAAGAGGCAAAGAAGAGAGCAGAUGAUGAGGCCAAGAAGAAGAAAGUUCUCUCCAACAUGGGCGCUCACUUUGGAGGGUUCCUAGCAAAGGCAGAGCAGAAACGGGGUAAAAGACAAACUGCAAGGGAAAUCAAAAAGAAGACACUGGCAGAAAGACGCAAGCCACUGGCGACUGAGAACCUGAUAGAGGAUGGCCUGAGAGAGCGAGCCAAGGAGAUGUGGGAAUGGAUCCACCAGCUGGAGUCAGAAAAGUUUGAUCUGACUGAGAAGAUGAAGAGACAGAAAUAUGAGAUCAAUGUCCUCCUGAACAGGAUCCAACACGCUCAGAAAUUCAAAAAGGGACAUGGCAAGGGAAAAGUUGGAGGACGCUGGAAGUGACCUCAUACACACACAGACACACACAGGAAGCAUAAACAAACAAGAGGACGGUUCACUAGUUCCAGGACAAGCUUCCAGCAACUUUGC